CGGUCCUCGGCGGGCGGCCGCUUCUCCUCAGCCCCGGCAGCCGGCGAGGACCGGCCCUUCCCUCCUCCCCGCUCCUUCCCCCGGCCCGGGCGAUGGCCGGCAACGUGAAGAAAGGAUCCGGGGCCGCGUCCGGGGCCGGAGCCGGGGCCGCGUCCGGCUCGGGCGGGGGCGGCGGGGGCCUCAUCGGCCUGAUGAAGGACGCCUUCCAGCCCCACCAUCAUCAUCACCACCUCAGCCCCCACCCGCCGGGAGCCGUGGACAAGAAGAUGGUGGAGAAGUGCUGGAAGCUAAUGGACAAGGUGGUGCGUUUAUGUCAGAACCCCAAACUGGCUUUAAAGAACAGCCCGCCAUAUAUCUUAGACCUGCUGCCAGAUACCUACCAGCAUCUGCGCACCAUCUUGUCAAGAUAUGAGGGUAAGAUGGAGACACUUGGAGAAAAUGAAUACUUCAGGGUCUUCAUGGAAAACCUGAUGAAGAAGACCAAGCAGACCAUCAGCCUCUUUAAGGAAGGAAAAGAGCGAAUGUACGAAGAGAACUCUCAACCCAGGCGAAACCUGACCAAACUCUCCCUCAUCUUCAGCCACAUGCUGGCAGAACUCAAAGGCAUUUUCCCCAGUGGACUCUUUCAGGGAGACACAUUUCGUAUUACCAAAGCAGACGCGGCAGAAUUUUGGAGGAAAGCGUUCGGAGAAAAGACCAUAGUUCCCUGGAAGAGCUUCCGCCAGGCCUUGCACGAGGUGCAUCCCAUCAGCUCCGGGCUGGAGGCCAUGGCCCUGAAGUCCACCAUCGACCUGACGUGCAACGACUACAUUUCGGUCUUCGAGUUUGACAUCUUCACCCGGCUCUUUCAGCCGUGGUCCUCUCUGCUCAGGAACUGGAACAGUCUCGCUGUGACUCACCCUGGUUACAUGGCUUUCCUGACAUACGACGAGGUGAAAGCUCGGCUCCAGAAAUUCAUUCACAAGCCUGGCAGUUACAUUUUCCGAUUGAGCUGCACUCGCCUGGGUCAGUGGGCCAUUGGCUACGUCACUGCUGACGGGAACAUUCUCCAGACGAUCCCCCACAAUAAACCUCUCUUCCAAGCAUUGAUCGAUGGCUUCAGGGAAGGCUUCUAUUUGUUUCCCGAUGGGCGGAAUCAGAAUCCUGACCUGACGGGCUUGUGUGAGCCUACGCCUCAGGACCACAUCAAAGUCACCCAGGAACAAUACGAGCUGUACUGUGAGAUGGGUUCCACCUUCCAGCUCUGUAAGAUCUGUGCCGAGAACGACAAGGACGUCAAGAUUGAACCCUGUGGUCACCUCAUGUGCACGUCCUGCCUCACGGCCUGGCAGGAGUCAGAAGGCCAGGGCUGCCCUUUCUGCCGCUGUGAAAUCAAGGGGACAGAGCCCAUUGUGGUGGAUCCAUUCGAUCCCAGAGGCGGCGGCGGCGGCCUACUGAGGCAGGGGGCGGAGGGAGCCCCCUCCCCGAAUUAUGACGACGACGACGACGACCGAGCCGACGAUUCCCUCUUCAUGAUGAAGGAGCUGGCUGGUGCCAAGGUUGAGCGUCCUCCUUCUCCAUUUUCCAUGGCCCCCCAAGCCUCCCUUCCCCCCGUGCCCCCUCGACUUGAUCUUCUGCAACAGCGAGCAUCCAUGCCCCCGGGGGCUCCCAGUCCUGGAAUAGCGUCCAAGGCUGCUCCCGGCUCCCUGCACAAGGAUAAGCCUCUGCCGGUCCCCCCCACGCUCCGAGACCUCCCUCCGCCGCCCCCUCCGGACAGACCACAUUCCAUCGGGGCGGAGGGCCGACCCCAGCGGCGCCCGCUACCCUGCACGCCUGGCGACUGUCCAGUCAGGGACAAACUGCCCCCCGUCCCCUCCGGUCGUCCCGGGGAGCCCUGGCUAUCCCGGCCCAUCCCCAAAGUGCCGGCUGCGCUGAGUCCCGGCGACCCCUGGUCCGGCCGGGAAUUGACCAACCGGCACUCGCUUCCCUUUUCGCUGCCCUCCCAGAUGGAUCCCAGAGCGGAUGGGCUCAGACACGGAAGUGCCUUCAGCCUGGACACCCCGCUGAGUCUGAAUAGCAGUGCGCCACUGGGGCUGGAGUGUGAGCACCCGAAAAUCAAACCCUCCUCUUCAGCCAAUGCCAUUUAUUCUCUUGCCGCCAGACCUCUGCCUGUGCCAAAGCUGGCACCCGGGGAAGCGUGCGACAGCAACGAGGACACGGAGUACAUGUCCCCCUCCUCGCGGCCCCUGGUGCCCCCCGGCCUCCAGAAGCCGGAGCUGAAGCGGCCUUUGGAGAUGACCCACAGUCUGCGGACGUUUGACUGCGACCAGCCGCUGGACAGCUGUACUUACGAAGCCAUGUACAACAUCCAGGCCCAGGCAGCCGCGGCCUCAGGUGUGCAGAUCAACGCCGCAGCGGAGGCCGACCCGACGGCAGCCCGGGCCAGCAAUGGCCCCGAGGAGUCCGAAAACGAGGACGACGGCUACGACUUCCCCAAGCCGCCCGUGCCGGUGGUCCUGGCCCGCCGGACGCUGUCGGAUAUCUCCAACGCCAGUUCCUCCUUCGGCCGAAUGUCUCUGGAUGGGGAUCCGACCCCCGGUUUCAUCGAUGGGUCCCAGGUUCCCGAGAGGCCCCCCAAGCCCUUUCCUCGGAGGAUCAACUCGGAGCGGAAGGCGGGGAGCUGCCAGCAGGGCGGCGCCGCCGCGGCCACGUCCCCCCAGCUCUCCGGAGAGAUCGAGAGCCUCAUGAGCCAGGGCUACUCCUAUCAGGACAUCCAGAAAGCGCUGGUGAUUGCUCACAACAACAUCGAGAUGGCCAAAAACAUCCUCCGCGAGUUCGUCUCCAUCUCCUCCCCGGCCCACGUGGCCACAUAGCCCGGCACCUCCGCGCCUGCGGCGACAGCGGACCAACCCGCCGGGCUCUCCCGCCGGCCCAGCGGCCCCCGAGAAGGCCGUGGUUCCCUUGGAGACUUCCUCCCGAGGCCUCGUGUCCCGUCUCUUGGAUGGCAGGUCUGUGGUUCAGGAUUUCAAAGCCGCGGGACGAGAAAGAAGCGGCUAGUCCAGUGCGUGUCGUCUGGGGUUGGCGAUGUGCGUCCCGCUGGGGUGGGGUUCUCCCCCUCCCUCCCCACCCCAUCCUGAUGGCGUGGGGUCGAGGGGAGAGAGAGAAAGAGAGGGAAGGGGGCGGGAUUUUAUUACGCAGCGUGGGCCAACUGGGUCCUUAGGAGUGAGAGGCGAUGGGAAGGCACUUGCGCUGUGAAUUCUGAAGGCUCCGUUUUCCCCAGGUGGUGUGUGUGUGUUGUGUGUGUGUGUGUCGGUGUCCCCUGUGGUCAUAAGAUUAGCCCGCUGUGUACGCGCGGCCCCCCAGACGUCCGGGAGGAGAUCCCUUGAUGGCUUCCAUCUACUGAGGGUAUUGCCCCAUCUCCCCCGCCCCCACCCGCCCAGCGCUUCCCUUUCGCCUGGAUUGUCUGUGCAUAGCUCUGAGUUCUGUGAUUUUUACAGCCUCCCUCUCCCCGGCAUCCCCCUUCCCCUCCUUGGUGCUUCGUUUGCCCCGGGCAGGCCGGAACUGGUCUCACUAACCAGGGGGUUCCGGACGAUGACUUUCGUGUGCGGUUGUGUUGGCUUGUUUGUCGGGUG